AUGUCGGCAGCCAGUCCCAACGUGGUCCUGGCAGAUGACAGGGAAGCGAAGCGCCUAGAGGUGCACAAGAAGACCCGGCUGUGCAAGUUCUUCACGAUGGGUGCCUGCACACGUGGCGCGAGCUGUGCUUUUGCACAUGGGCCCGACCAACUACGAGAUCAGCCAGAUUACUCGAAAACCCGGCUUUGCGCGGACUUCGUCGAACUGGGCAAGUGUGUGGAAGGCAAAGCCUGCAAGUUUGCCCACAGCAAGAGUGAACUACGACCCGGCUCAGCGGCCAAAGUGGGCAGGCCAGCCCGGACCUCAAACCAUGCGGCCAAGCAAACUGAGAACGAAGCGGAACAAGCGAUGCGGGUCCUGCAGACCUUGCGUGCGCAGCGCGCGCUGCACGAGCAGGCAGCUUUGAAACUCAUGCUGCAGUCUGCCUGUGCCAGUGCGGCUGCGAAAGUCAGCAAGGCAACGUGCAAGGAACCCACGGAGAAGCCGACGGAGAAGGAUGUGGAGUGUUGCUCCCAGGGCAACUCCUUCAGCCGCCAGACCACUUGGGAAGGCAUGGAGACUGCGUCCGCGGGGUUCAGCCGCGACUCCUCCGCGGCCAGCGCCUCAGACAACAUCGUGUCAGACAGCACCACAUUGCCUGAUCCUUGCGAUGGCGUGGAGCUGCGUGUGAAGAACACCUUUCUCGAAGUCAAGGAUGAGACGGAGCAGGAAACUGCUCCGCUGCGAAAAGUUCAGUCCUUGCCGCUUCUUGCUGGCGUGCCUUGA